GUCAAUUCCUAGCAACGGUUAUUCAAGCGAUUCAAAACAUUGUAAAAACUGUUUUUACUUCGUACUUUGUAGCUUAUUCGAAAAAAUGUCUGAAAGUAAUUACGACCCGAGUUCGUCCUCCGAUGACCCCUGUUUGCUAAGUACGUUAAAAGGGCACCAGCAGUCGAUAACAGACAUCGCUUUUCGACCUGAAAAGAAUCAAGUUGCUACUAGUAGCAAAGACAAAACUGUAAUGUUAUGGAAUUUGGACACAAACACACGUAGCUUCAACUUCAGUGGCCAUUCAGACAGUGUGACUGGCGUAGAUUUUUCGUGCGAUGGGAGCAUAAUGGCAACCUGCUCCAAAGACCAACAUGUGAGAUUAUGGACACCGACCAUCAAAGGCAACUCGAAUAGCUUCAAGGCACACUUAACCACCGUCAAUAGCGUCAAUUUUGCACCGGAUAGUAGCAGCUUGAUAACCGCUGCCAAUGACAAGAAUAUAAAAGCAUGGUGUACAGCUACUCGACAGUUUCUCUGCAGUUACACUGGUCAUAAUAACUGGGUAAAAUGUGCGAAAUACUCGACUGAAGGCACUUUUAUAGCAUCUUGUGCUGAUGACCACUCUGUCAAGAUCUGGGAUCCAAGCAGUUGCAAGUGUGAGCAGACCCUUACUAGUAAAUACAAUCCAGUACAUAUCGCGGUACAUAAAAAUGGAACGAUAGUGGCAGCAGCGACUGAAUCAGGUCGAGUGAAUAUUUACGAUAUUCGAAAUGGCAAAUUACAGCAGAGAUACAUCAUACAUGAAGGGAAUGCAAAUUAUGUGUCCUGGCAUCCUGACGCGAACUAUCUGUUAAGUUGUGGAGAUGAUGGAAAAAUCAGUAUUAUUGAUGUCGUCGAGGGAAGGCCAUUAUAUACUUUGAUCGGACAUGAGGGGCCAGUGACUGCGUGCAAAUUUAGUUUGGAUGGUUCACAUUUCGUUUCGGUUGGUGCAGAUCACUGUGUUAUGAUUUGGAAAACUAAUUUUAUUUAA